AUGAGCUCGUCGCCGGAGCCGGGAACCAGCGGCGGCGCCGCCGCUCCGGGGGCGGAGGAUGACCCGGCGCCGCCGCCGCCGCUGGAGGUGGGAGCGUCCGUGCUUUGGCGGCGGGAGGGGCAGCUGAUCCCGGCGGAGAUCGUCGAGCGCCGCGUGAUUCCCGGCGGCGGCGAUGAGUACGAGUACUACGUGCAUUGCACCGAUUCUGAUAGGAGUCGUGGUGUGUGGGUUAAGAGUGAACAACUUGAUCUUGGUUUGGAGGGGGCUGAUGCAGAUAAGCGAACGGACGAUAAGGGACAUGAGGAGUUUGAUAUUGCUAGCUUGCAGCAAUUGCGUGAGAUUAUUAGACUCAAACAUAUUGCGAAAAUAGGACUUGGCACGCAUGAAAUUGAUACGUCGCUUCAUUCUCCUUUUUUGGAUGAUAACGACAAUUCGAAGCUAUACUUCUGUGAGUUCUGCCUUGAUUUUAAGGAGCAGAAAGGACAUCUUGAGAGGCACAUGGAAAGUUGUCAUCUUAGGCACCCGCCAGGCACUGAGAUUUACCAGAGUGGCAACCUAUCUGUGUUUGAGGUUGAUGGCAAAGAGGAGGAGGUUUAUACAGGAACACUCUGUAUUUUGGCAAAAUUAUUUCUUUCGAGCAAGGCAUCCAAGCCUGAAGUUGAGCACUUCUUGUUUUACAUUCUUUGCGAAUAUGAUGAUCAAGGGUACCAUAUGGUUGCAUAUUUUUCCAAGGUUAAGAACGUAGAGCAGAAGUACAAUUUAUCUUGCAUUCUCACCUUCCCUCCAUUCCAGAGAAAAGGAUAUGGUACACUCCUAAUAGAAUUAUCAUAUGAGUUUUCGAGAAGGGAAGGCAAAGCAAGGGGGCCGGAGCGGCCUCUCUCUAAGUUGGGACAGUUGAGCUACAAAUUGUACUGGACAAGGGUUCUUGUAAACAUCCUUCAAGAGAAGGAAACCGUGUCAAUCAAGGUUUGCAUAUGUUCUCACUUGAUUGGAAGAUUUAUUGAUCAGUCUUAGGCCAACUUUGCGGCAAGUAAAAGUUCAAAAUGCUAGGAACAAGGAUUGAAGAUUUUCUUUGAUUAGGCAAACAUAAUGAUGCUACGAACAUUAAUGCUUUGGAAAAGAGUAAGACCAAGCAAGUACUUUUCUACGGUAUAAGAACACUAGCGAUACGACUUUGAAGAAUAGUGGUAAGGAUGUAUUGAGGAAGUGCAGGAUCUUCAUUGAUGUGAACUGAGUUUAAGUUGUGAAUAUAAGUAUGUUAGUUAUCAAAGAAGGAAAGACUGAUAAAUGGACCGAGUUGUUGGAAAGAUUGCUAAUUUUCUUCAGUAGAGGUCAAAGAACCUGUCCCCUUUCGGGAAUCAUGCUUGUCUAGAAAUCCUGUCACUGCUCACCAACAGUGCUAAUUUGGUUGUUUCGAUCGCAAAGGGAGACAAGUUUUCUUGUGUUCAAUUUUAGGAACUUAGCGACUCAACGGGCAUAGCGGCAGGAGAUAUAUUGGACACGCUCGAGGAUCUGGAUCUGAUAAAGUACAAGAAGGGGAUGCUGGUCAUAUGUACAAACCCCAACAUCCUCAAUCGCCACCUGAGACCUGCAGGCGUUCGAGGCGUGGAGUUUGACGCUAGCAAGCUGAUUUGGACUCCCUACCACAUGAGGAGUUGAUGAAAAUUGACUUACUGUAAAUACAGUGUACAAAGGAUAGGGGAUUCAUUGUGGUUUCCAAAAGAAUAAU